UUGACAAAUUCCGAUUGAAUUUGAACUUUGAAACCUCAAGGUUUAGCAUGCCUUGGUGUUGUCAAUCAGUCCAAUAUUAUUGGCAUAGAAAUUAAAAGUAAACCCAAAUUCUAAAUCAUGUUAUAUAGAUCUACCCUGUUUUUGGUCUGUACAAAUUCUUCUAUUGAUAUUAAAAUAAAACCAUAUUUAAAUGGAAAAAUAGACUAUUUAUAGCUGACCAACCAAGUUCCUCCUAAUUGGCUUAAACCACCAAUUAAAAAACCAUAAACAUUUUUUAUCACCUGGGUUAAAUACAAAGAACGAUUUUUAUUUUAUUUUUAAAGUAAAAUCCCAGAGAUUCAAAAGAUAUGCACAACAAAUUUGGACAAAAGAUAAGCGCUCUGUGAUGGGAUUGAACCAAGUAGUGACAAAUGUUACUACCUUCAUGGCUAUUUCCUCCCUAUGGAUUUUUCUUUUGUUUUAGUAGUGCACUAACGAAGUUCAAGCAUCUCAUAUAAAAACACUGCAAAGAAAAACACAUUUGGACAGUACUGGGACUAGAAAACCAGAAACUGCAAUCUCUGUCUGAAGUUUCAACUACCAAGGAAAAAAAAGAAGGAAAAAAAGAGAGAAAGAGAGAUGGGUUUCUGGACAUUGUUGGAGGUGGCUUGUAUGCCAACUUUCCAAGUUCUCAUAAUCAGUGUACUGGGAGCUUUCAUGGCAACUGAGUAUUGGAAUCUUCUCCCUGUAGACGCCCGGCGGUCCAUGAACAAGGUUGUGUUUGUGGUUUUCACCCCCUCACUGGUGUUUGCAAGUGUGGCCAAGACUAUUACAUUUGAAGACAUUAUUUCAAUGUGGUUUAUGAUCGUAAACGUGGGGCUUACAUUUCUAUUUGGAGGGAUACUUGGAUGGAUUUUGGUAAAGAUAGUCAGACCAAAACCUUAUCAGGAAGGCCUGGUAAUGGCUGCAUGUUCAUCAGCAAACUUGGGAAACCUUCCUCUUAUACUUAUCCCUGCAAUCUGUGAAGAGGAUGGGAACCCAUUUGGCGAUCAUAGUGUUUGUAAAAGGGUUGGACUCUCAUAUGUGUCUUUUUCCAUGGCGCUUGGGGGUUUCUUCAUCUGGACUUACAGUUACCAGCUGAUACGAACUUCAGCGAUGAAAUGGAAAGCGCUUCAAGCAAUUGAGGCAGCUGAGGAGGCCUCAAAGAAUCCCAACAGUGAUUUAGACGCUGAGGGGGAAACUCCCCUUCUCAAGGGAGAAGAUGAAGAGCAGGGUUCUAUAGUAGUUUCAUCAAAUGGUUCUAGAAACCAAGAAGCUAUAGUAGCCGAUGAAUCAGACGUACCAUUCAGCCGAAAAGUAGUAGCAUUUGUUAAGCAGAUUUUACAUGAGUUACUGGCACCACCAACGGUAGCUGCGAUUGUGGGAUUCUUUAUUGGGUCAAUUCCAUUUCUUAAGAAGAUAAUAAUUGGUGACAGCGCCCCCCUGCGGGUGAUCGAAGACUCUAUUACACAACUUGGGAAUGGAACCAUCCCUUGUAUCACACUUAUUCUUGGAGGCAACCUCAUCCAAGGUUUACGCAAAUCGACAAUCAAAAUUCCUAUCAUCAUUGGAGUGAUCAUUGUUAGAUACGUAGUAAUGCCCGUGAUUGGUAUCGGGAUUGUAAUAGGAGCAAGCAAGGUUGGGUUUCUACCAUCAGACCCUCUGUUCCAUUUUGUGCUGAUGGUUCAGUUUACCCUGCCACCUGCCAUGAAUAUUGGAACCAUGACCCAGCUGUUUGAUGUGGCUGAGGCAGAGUGCUCAGUGAUCUUCCUGUGGACAUACUUGGUUGCAGCCUUGGCACUUACUAUUUGGUCAACAGUCUAUAUGUGGCUCUUGUCUUGAACUGCCUUCAGCUGAGGAUGGCAAGCAUCCCUAAAUGGUGCAUUUUAUAGUGAGAGGCUUACACUUCAGAGGGAAGAAGGAUCUACAUUCCUGCAUUUGGGUGUUCUUUUGUCCUCCAUUUUUCGAUUCGAUUGGUUGUUUCAACUGGAAGAGAAAAAUUAAUUAGAGUAUGAUUUGGGCGUGUAUGUAGAUCCCAUUGUUUCGUUUACUUAUUGUGUAGUAGGAAAAAUAUAUAUAAAGAGAAGGGGGUGAUUGUGUGUUAGAUUUUUCAUAGCUCAAUGUUUCUCAUAGAUAAAGCCUUGAUUUAUGCAUUAUGAUUCAUUGUGGUGCACUGUUCUUGUUGAAUUGAAAUUAGUAUCAAUGCAAGCACCAAUUUUUAGCUUGGGA